GUAUCCUUAUUCUCUCUGUGAACGCGAGUUUAUUAAAAAUAAAUAUGAAUAAAAACGUGCUUCGCCCUGUAGUGGACGACCAAGAGCCACGUAUUAGUGUAAUUUGCCUCGGUCCAAAAGGUUCAGGUAAAACCACUUUGUUGAAAAAGCUGCAAGAGGCCGAAGGUAUUGAUAAUACUUAUAGUCCAGUGCCUACUAUAGGAACCAAUAUUUAUGAUAUAAAUUAUACUAAUAAGAGUGGGAAAAAACAAACAUUGAGUAUAAGAGAAGUUGGUGGAGAGAUGGCGUCUUUAUGGAAUAAUUAUUUGGAAGGAGUUGAAAAGGUUAUAUUCGUAGUGGAUACGUCUAAUCUGUGUCAGAUAUCGGCGGCAGCUCUCAUGCUAUAUACAUUAUUGGCCGAGCCCUGCCUCAAACACGCUAAGUUUUUCCUAGUGCUAAGCAAGAUGGACUUGGCUUACCGUCAGAUGCGGAACGAGGCGCUGCUGAUGCUGCAGAGCCGGCGGCUGCUCGCGGAGCUGCCGCGGCCGCCGACCGUGCUCGAGGCGGCGCCGCUCACCGGCGAGGGCGCCGCCGAGCUGAGGGCGCACCUCACACACGUCAAGAUUAAACCUGCUGUUUAAAUAUAUUAUAAUUGUAAUUUUAGAGACAGAUGGAAAAUAAGAAGAAUUAUAGACACCAAAGAAGAUUACUCAAACAA